AUUGACAAUUUUUCUACAAUCAUUAUCGGCACAGAUUAUGGCACCAAUAAUCAAUCCAAUGAUGGCAAAUAUUCGUCCAAUCAUUCCUAUUCCGAUUCCUAUUCGACCAAUUAUAUUCACACCAAUAUCAUUCCAUCCGAUUGCUGCUACUCCUCCGAUUGCGGCAACAUUUAUGAAUGAUCCACCUGCACCACCAAUACCACCGGUAAGCGUAAUCGAUGAAGCUACACCAUUCAUGAAUUUUGUUCAACGUAAUUUCUGGUCAAGAAUGAGUAAUGAACCAUCUUCAAUGUUUAUGCGAAAAUGGGAUAAAAGACCAUUUAUGAAUGAUCGAUCAUCUAAUAAUAUACAACGUCAACCAUCCGAUCAUGAUUGGUAUCAAGAUAACAACGAAAACAAUAAUAAUAAUAAUAAUAAUAGAGAUCGGAAUUCUAGGCAAGAAUUUCGACAACGUCAUUGGCCAUCAAAUAGUAGAUCAGAUCAUAAUUUUCAUCAACCAAUUAAUGAUGAUGCUAAUGAUGAAGUUGAUGGUUAUGAUCGAGCUGCUGCUAUGGCUCAAAUGUACGAUUCAUUUGGACCAGUAUGGGCUGAAUCAAUGAAUAUGAAUUCAAUGGGAUUAAUUCCAUGGCAUCAAUUUCAUCAUUAUCAUCAUCAUCAUGACCAACAUCAUCAUAGAAAAAUGUUCUCAAGUCCAGCAGAUAAUCCGAAUGGAUUUCAACCAACACCGAUUUUAUCACCACAUCCAAAUAUGAAUUUUCCAUUAAUAGCCAAUCGAUUUUCACCGAUACCAAUGCCAUUGUUUGAUGAUUAUGAUGAUUCAUUCACCGGUGAUACUAUGGUUGGUCAAGCAUCACAAAUUAAUGAACACGGUAUCAAUCGUAAUAAUAAUCAUAAUGGAUCCAAUAAUAUCAUAUAUGUUGUUAACAUUGAUGGCCGUAAAGGUAGUAAAAACAAUGUAAAAGCAAUUCGAUUGGAUGAUUAUCUUGCCAGAAACAACAAUAAUAAUAAUAACUAUAAUCAACGGCAACGGCAACCACGUUUCCCAUGGUUAAAUGGUAAAAAUCAAAUUGAUCGUAGUUUAUCAUUGUUAAUAGUGGUAAUAGACAAUCAACAACAGCAACAACAAUAUCGAAAACCAAAUUGCAUAAUAAUCAAUCAUUAA